AUGCAGCCUCAUUGGAAGUGGGAUCCCAGCGCACAGCACCCAGCCCCAAGGACAGCGUCUCAACCCCUCCUUCGAAGCGAGCCAGGCUCCUCAGCGGCUCUUAGCUUCUCCAGAGCAGCAGGCCGCGCUCUCACUCGCUCCUCUGCGUCCAGAGGGGGGUUUCUCACAGGGGGUGUCCUAGGUCCCGGCAUUUUCUCAAAUGAUAGGGGUAGCUCGUCGAGCCAGUGGCCCAUCGACGCGAUUUUCCACUUCCAUCAAGCUCUUAGGAAGGACCUGGAGUACCUCUCUGCUGAGUCAGCGCGGCUUGCCACGUGUGACGACGAUGCCACCCGGGAUUUCAGCAGCCGGUUCCAUUUCCUGUGGGGGCUGUACCGCGUGCACAGCAAUGCCGAGGACGAGAUUGUGUUCCCGGCGCUGGAGGCAAAGGAGGCGCUGCACAACGAGAGUGGAGGGGAGGCGGAGCGGGAGGAGGCGAGGAAGCAGGUGAAGGAGCUGGAGGAGAGGAGGAGGGAGCUGGCGGAAAGGGUGCAUCGGAUGAGCCUGUCGGUGCGGCUGUGCCUGGACCAGCACAUCUCCCGUGAGGAGCUGGAGCUGUGGCCGCUGUUUGGGAUUCACUUCAGCAUGGAGGAGCAGGACGCAAUUGUGGGGCACCACGGGCGCCGAGGUGCUGCAGGUGUGGCGAUACGGCCUCGUGGGGCGCCGUGGGGCCUCUCGGGGACUGAGUGGGGCUCUAUGGAGCUGAUGGGGCUUGAGGGGUGGGGUACGACGGGGCGGGACACGGGGCGGGGCUUGUUGGGGCCAGCCAUAUCAGACGAGGAGCAGGCAGGGAUGGUGGACACGUGGCGCAAGGCAUCCCGCAACACCAUGUCCGACCAAUGGCUGAGUGCCUGGUGGAAGUCCCCUGCUGGCACGUCCAACCCCCUGCCGCCCUCCCCUGGGCAUCAAGGUCACGCUAGAGACGAUCUGGCUGAUAGCCUCUCCUCUGACGCGUUGCAGAUGGUGGCCGAGUAUUUGGAGAGUGAUGGGUCACGACAAGCAGCAGGGGCAGAGGCAGCAGAGCCGGGAGAUGUAGUAGCAGCAACGCGUGUUGAUGCAUCCUGUGCGGAUGGUGCUGCAGAUGCUGGUGCUGCUGCUUCGGAUGGUGGUGCUGCUGCUGGUUGUCAUGGUGGUGGGUGUGGACAUGGGCAUGCGGUAGGGACGGCAUCUGACAGGGAGGGUGUGGGCGGAGAGGGUUGUUCUGCGGCAGGAGAAUGUGGUGAUGGGCGCAGUGGGAAUGAGGCAGUGGGAGGGGAAGGCGGCAGUGGAAGUGGUUGUGGGGGGGGUGGAAGGGCAGGGGGUGAGAGUGGGGAUCGGGGUGGAGGGAGUGGGGCGCAGGGCAAGGAGGUGGAGAAGGACAAGAGGACGUUUAGGCCGGGGUGGCACAACAUAUUCCGCAUGAACCAGAAGGAGCUGGAGGCCGCCAUCCGCCGCGUCUCCAGCGACUCCUCGCUGGACCCCGGGAGGAAGGCGUACCUCAUGCAGAACCUCAUGACCAGCCGGUGGAUCGUGGCGCAGCAGCAGCAGCACAAGUCAUCCCGCGACACGCCCGAGGAGGAGGUGCUGUGUGCGUCGUACCACGACGAGGAGAAGGGCAUCUACGGCUGCCAGCACUACCGCCGCAACUGCAAAGUGCGUGCUGUCUGCUGCGGCAAGCUCGUCUCCUGCCGCUUCUGCCACGACAAGGUCGCCGACCAUGCCAUGGACAGGUGGGUUCACAACACGACAAGGUCGCCGACCAUGCCAUGGACAGGUGGGUUCACAACAGGACAAGGUCGCCAACCAUGCCAUGGACAGGUGGGUUCACAACAGGACAAGGUCGCCAACCAUGCCAUGGACAGGCAUGCGGUGAAGGAGAUGAUGUGCAUGAAGUUUCUGAAGGUGCAGCCAGUGGGGCAGCACUGUGCCACGCCCUCCUGCAACGGCUACUCCAUGGCCAAGCACUACUGCAGCAUCUGCAAGCUCUUUGACGACGCCAGGGACAUCUACCACUGCCCGUUCUGCAACCUGUGCCGGGUGGGGCGGGGUCUGGGAAUCGACUACUUCCACUGCAUGACGUGCAACGCGUGCAUGUCCGUGACACUGGCGCAGCACACGUGCCGGGAGAAGGGCCUCGAGUCCAACUGCCCCAUCUGCCACGACUUCCUCUUCACCUCCUCCGCACCCGUCAAGGCGCUCCCCUGUGGCCAUUUCAUGCACUCCGCGUGCUUCCUGGCGUACACCUGCGAGCACUACACCUGCCCCAUCUGCUGCAAGUCUGUCGGAGACAUGCGGGUGUACUUUGGAAUGCUGGACGCUCUACUAGCAGCAGAGCAGCUUCCAGAGGAGUACCGCAACCGGCAACAGGUGGGCCCUCCUGCUCUCUCUUGCCUGCUUAAUCAAACUUAG